AUGGACAGAGAAAAUGGCAACGGUGAUAUUUUGUCCCUUAAAAAUCUUCAAAUUUCUGAUAAUGGAGAAUACAAAUGCCAGAAAAUUAGAUCAAAUGAGUUUGAUCAAGUUUAUGUCUUUGUACGUGAAAAGGACGAUGAAGAAGCUUCAAUAUUUCUUAUCAAAAAGUUUCUCCCCGCUUACAAAGACAAUCAGUCAAAAUAUGUGGUUGGUUGUAGAGCAAAAGCAAAAAUUGAAGGAGUUGUGAAGUUGUUUAUAGAUGGUAGAGACGAGACUUAUUCUGCAACUUACGAUCCAAGGUACGGUUUUUCGAUCAAGUAUAAUUUUGUCCCAGGCACAACAGUAAGUGCAGCAUGUUCUUAUGGUUUUUAUGGUGAGGACAAAGUCGAGUUUUUAUUGAUUCCUAUGGCGGAUACGAAAUACGAAGGAGGGAACCUGACUAUUACAAAGAACACUGAAUGGCCAUAUGUUGGUGGCAGUCUUCAGCUAGAUUGCCAUUACUCAAAUGCUGGGCUAAACUUGCAACUGAUUUGGCGUUGUCCUCGAUGUCAGACGAGUCCCAAUGAGGUCAGUGGUCGCUACAAUCGUACAAAGCAAGCUAAGACAGUACGGUCUCUAAUAAUUGGUAAUCUAAAUGCUUUUGAUAGUGGGAUCUAUGAAUGUAUCCUUAACGAUACAGAUAACCCGAGUCUUAACAAAUCAGAGGUUAUCGAAAUUAAAAUUUCUCCAUCCAAAGAACAAGUGAAGUUUGAAGAUAGUCAUAUGGAAUUUAAUGAAGGCGAAGUUAUGAUUGUCAAAGGGACAAUUGAAGUUUUCCCUGCUGAUUAUGAAAUUGACGUUGAAUGGGUUAAAGUACUUGUUUCUAAAGUCAGUGAACAUGCAAAACUGGAUGAUUCCGGAAUGUACGUUAUAUCUCCUUCAUUCGUGAUUCUUACCUUUUCAAAACUCUUAUCUACUCAGGUGACAGUUUCAGUGUUGCUAAUUUCUAGGAAUAGAUACCAGUUAAGCGUGAAAUUCAGCAAUGGGCGCAGUUUUGCCCGUAAUUGGACUGUGUUUGUCAACCGGCAGUCAGAAGUUAUAGAGCCUGUUAUUCUAAUCGACAAUUUGAGGUCGAAACCAUUUAUUGUAAUGCAGGAGCAGAAAUUUCUUGUUCUUUGUUAUACAAGGGAUGUUGAGAAACAUGAACUUAAGCUUUUUUACAAGAGCCAUAAUGGAGAAGAAUGGAGCUCUAUCAAUGAAAUUGAAGAACUUACAGGACUUACUGUCGAUUCUGCAGUAAAGUCAAUUUUUCACGCAAGUUUAAGUGUGGAUAUAAAAUGCGAAAUUCCAAAUAAUGUGAAGGUCGAUAUUGUACGAGUUUUUGUGACAGAUGUAAAUGGCAUAGAGAUCAAUUUUCGUCCAACUAAACCAUCGUCUGACUUUAUCGAAGAAAAUGAUCUUGUUUAUGAACGGGAUGAUUUGAGUUUCACUUGUCGACUACCACUAGGCCAUAAUUACACCGUUUCAUGGUACCAUAAUGGCAGUCAGCUUGAAUUGCCAGUAGCUGAAGAAAGAACCAGUUUAUCGGAGAACUUCAUUCUUAAACGAAAGAAUGCAGCUCUUGACUUUACUGGCACCUAUAAGUGUCUUGCUGUAGAUGAAAGAAGUGAAGAACAUUUUUCGGAAACGCAUAUUCAGGUUAAAAAAGUUACGGCACCAUUUAUAAAUGAGCAUUUGCAAAAGUCAGCAGUCACAGUUGAAUAUGGAAAAGGAGCUGAAUUGAUCUGCCCGAUUGAGGGUCAGCCUGAGCCGAUGUACACAUGGUUGAAAGGAGGUGUUGAAAUAAAUACUGCAGGGAGUCGUACGAGAAAGUUGUCGUUUCCUCGUGUUAUCGGAAGUGAUCAGGGAUUAUAUUCUUGCAUGGCUAUAAAUCGACAAGGUCAUGUGCAGACAACUACACGUCUUGAGGUAACCAACGUACCAGAGAGAUCUUCAGCUCAUUGGUGGAUUAUUUUGACCGUUAUAACUGUUUCACUGCUGAUGCUUGGAGCAGCCGGGAUUUAUAUUUUAAGGCAGCGGAAGAAAAAUAUACUGAUUACUCAGCAACUUCAAGCUUUACACAACCAAUUGAUGGGAGAAGCUUUGAGUAGUCCUUGUAUAAUCGACGAAAAACAUCCACUCCUUGAGCAUAUAGAGCGGAUAUCUUACGACAAAAAGUAUGAAAUCAAAAAGGAAAACUUGUCUUUUAAACAGCUUCUCGGUGGAGGUCAGUUUGGCCAAGUUCAUCUCGGAACACUGUGUAGAUCGCGAGUUAGCGAUGCAGUAGCUGCAAGUGAUACUAUGGACGUCGCUAUCAAAAGCCCGCGUGAUGGAAGGAAUGUGACUCAUCAGAAGGCCCUGGCAGACGAAUUAAAAGUAAUGAUUGCUGUUGGGGUACAUCCAAACGUACUCGGACUUAUAGGAGCUGUCACCAAAAAAAUGACAAGCGGUCAUUUAUUUGUCGUUAUGGAGUACUGUGCGAACGACAGCCUGAAAAAUUUCUUGUCAAAACAUAGCGCAGGCUUUUUAAACGAAAUAGAAGAGAUCACCGAUUCUGUAAACGUCGGUGGUUUUUCAUCGCCUUCUGGAGAUGCAGAGUCGGCAUACCUGUUGCCGGUACAUUCGCGCCUUACUGAUACACCGAUUCCAAUGUGCAAAUAUAAGGCCGAGGUGGACGAACAGUGGGCGGAACAAGUUGAUAAAGAACGCGUGGCUGAUAAAAUGGUAACAACUAGUGAUCUUAUAUCGUUUGGAUUUCAAAUAGCUAACGGGAUGGAAUAUCUUGCGAGCAGAACUUGUAUUCAUCGUGACUUAGCUGCGAGGAAUAUACUAGUGACACGAAACCGGGCUAUUAGGAUUGCUGAUUUCGGCCUCGCAAGGAAAGAUGAGCGCAUAUAUCAUGUUAAAAAUAGCCAGAAUGUUCCACUACCGCUGAAAUGGAUGGCUUUGGAGUCUAUUUUGAAUCACGAUUUUACUGAACAAUCAGAUGUUUGGGCCUACGGAGUUCUCUUAUGGGAAAUCUUUUCGCUUGGUAGGGUUCCAUAUCCAGAGGUGCAGAACACUGAGCUGGUAAAGUAUCUGGAAAGUGGUAGACGUAUGGACCAACCAAAGUUUGCUGCAGAUAUAAUUUACGAAUUGAUGAGGCAGUGUUGGUUAUCGGAACCAAUGGAAAGGCCACUGUUUUCUGAGUGCAAAAUGGUGAUGAGAGAAGAACUUCAGAAGGCGUCGCCUCCACUUGAUAAACGCUUAGCGUCAAUCUUGGAACAUGAUAGGAUCGUCAUGAACCGAUUCAGUGAAUGGCGGGACGGUGCUGAAGAACCAGAUCUUGCGGCACAGACAUCCAGGAAUGGUUUUAUUGCUGUGCCAACACAGGAACCAACGAGUUCUGAGAGGGGACAUAAUUUUUAUUUGAACAUCUAG